AUGGAUCCUGUCUUGUUUGUAAGACCUGAGGAAGACGACUUGCUGCACGGUUGCGAUAGCGAUCACUGGGGACCCCACUGCAGCAACCGGUGCCAGUGCCAGAACGAGGCCCUCUGCAACCCCAUCACAGGUGCCUGUGUCUGUGCAGAUGGGUACCAGGGCUGGCGCUGCGAGGAGCUCUGCGAGCCCGGGAGCUACGGCAAGGGCUGCCAGUUCCAGUGCCAGUGUCACAACGGAGCGACCUGCGACCACGAGACAGGAGAAUGUCACUGCGCUCCUGGAUACACCGGGGUGUUCUGUGAAGAGCGCUGUCCCCCCGGGAGCCACGGAGCUCAGUGUGAGUUGCGCUGCCCAUGCCAGAACGGAGGGGUCUGCCACCACAUCACUGGGGAGUGCUCCUGUCCUGCUGGAUGGACGGGGCUGGUGUGUGCACAGCCAUGUCCUCCUGGAACAUUUGGAAUUAAUUGCAGCCAGGACUGUCCAUGCCACAACGGAGGACACUGUGAUCCCGUGACAGGAAAAUGCAUCUGUACACCUGGCUAUAUUGGAGACAGGUGUCAAGAAGAGUGUCCAAUUGGGACAUUUGGUUUUCAGUGCACACAAAGAUGUGACUGCCAAAACGGUGCAAAGUGUUACCAUGUGAAUGGAGCAUGUAUGUGUGACCCAGGAUUUAAAGGGAUUCACUGCCAAGAAAGAAUGUGUCCGGAAGGGUUUUAUGGCCUCAAGUGCAACAAGAGAUGCCCUUGCAAUAUUACCAACACCCUCAGUUGCCAUCCAUUGUCUGGAGAAUGUAGCUGCAAAGCUGGCUGGGCUGGACUGUACUGCAAUGAGACCUGUCCCCCUGGAUAUUAUGGUGAAGGCUGCCAGCUGACCUGCUCAUGUGAGAAUGGUGCAGAUUGCGACAGCAUCACUGGGAAGUGUACGUGUGCACCAGGAUACAUGGGAGAUGACUGCACCAUUACCUGCAUGGCAGGAACCUAUGGUACCAAUUGCUCAUCAGUUUGUAAUUGCAGAAAUGAUGGUGCGUGUUCCCCCGUCGAUGGUCUGUGCAUUUGCAAAGAAGGAUGGCAAGGAGUGGAUUGCUCUAUUCCAUGUUCAAGUGGAAGUUGGGGUUUUAACUGUAACCAGACGUGUUACUGCACAAAUGGAGCAGCCUGCAGGCCAGCUGAUGGCUUCUGUCUGUGCUCCCCUGGCUGGCAGGGGGACUACUGUGACCAGCCGUGCCCUGAUGGAACAUAUGGUCUUAAUUGCAGUGAACGUUGUGACUGCAACCACGCAGAUGGGUGCGAUCCCGUCACCGGUUACUGCUGCUGCCUUGCUGGCUGGACAGGCAUCCACUGUGACAAUAUGUGCACCCAGGGCCGCUGGGGACCGAACUGCUCCAUCUCCUGUAGCUGUGAGAAUGGUGGAUCCUGCUCUCCAGAGGACGGCACCUGUGACUGUGCACCUGGCUACAGAGGACCCCUGUGCCAAAGAAUUUGCCCCCCUGGCUUCUAUGGACACCACUGCAGCCAGCCCUGCCCUCAGUGCGUGCACAGCAGUGGUCCCUGUCACCACGUGUCCGGGCACUGCGACUGCUUGCCAGGAUUCUUCGGCGCCCUCUGCAACCAAGUGUGUCCCAGUGGAAAAUAUGGGAUGAACUGUGCUGAGCUCUGCCAGUGCACUGAGAACGGGACGUGCAAUCCCAUCGAUGGAUCGUGCCAGUGUUUUCCAGGCUGGAUAGGGAAGGACUGCUCUCAGACUUGCCCCCCGGGUUUUUGGGGCAUGGAUUGCUUUCAUUCAUGCAACUGCCACAACGGAGCAAUAUGCAGCCCUUAUGAUGGAGAAUGCAGAUGUACUCAUGGUUGGACUGGGCUCUACUGCACACAGCGUUGCCCAGCUGCUUUCUAUGGAAAAAACUGUGCCAAUGUCUGUCAGUGUCAGAACGGAGCAGACUGUGACCACGUCACUGGGCAGUGCACGUGCAGGACUGGAUUCACAGGCAAACAGUGUGAGCAAAAGUGCUCACCAGGAACAUUUGGUUAUGGUUGCAAACAACUCUGUGAGUGCAUGAAUAAUGCUACAUGUGACCAUGUCACAGGUACUUGCUACUGCAGUCCGGGCUUCAAAGGAAUCAGAUGUGAUCAAGGUACAGUGAAAUUCUAUCUGUAAAAUCUCUCUCUCCCUCUGUCCCUCCUUGUUUUGUUUUUGUUACCAAUGAUGUACUUAAAAAUCUCAGAAAUGAAUUGCGCGAUUCAAUUUACAGUGUGUUAUGAAUUACUUUCAACAGCGGCUCUUAUGAUGGAAGAAUUAAACCCCUAUACUAAAAUUAGUCCAGCUCUUGGAUCAGAGAGGCACUCAGUGGGAGCAAUCAUUGGAAUUAUUAUUCUCCUUCUAAUUAUUAUGGUCUUGCUGGCACUGUUUGUGUGGUAUCGACGGAAACAGAAGGAGAAGGGCCAUGACAUGCCAAGUGUAUCUUACACUCCAGCCAUGAGGAUGACUAAUACAGAUUACUCACUUUCUGGUAAGGGUCUUUUUAUGUUAAUCGAAUACUGACUCGUAUUCCUGUAUGUUGGGGAAAUCAAGCUCCUGUGAUGUAUAACAUGCUACUGAGUGUCAAAAAUAAUGAUGCUUCUAUUCCUGCUCUGAAUACCAUGAUCACUUAGCACAGACAGGAAAGCAAAUACAACAUAAAUUGACCGAACCUGCUUCAUGUAUGAAAGAUUACUUACAAGACAGUGGAUAGACCUAGAUGUGAAAUAUGCUGCAUGGAAUAUGUAAAGUCCUGUUUUUCCUCUGUGAAACCUUAAGAUGACUUUUUGGUGAGAAUGGAGUUGACUGGAUUAGUAUUAAGUUUUUACUUUUGUCUGUGUUGCUGUUUCUGAUUUGAGCCCUGCUAUCUGUUGUCCCUUCUGGGUGCAGACCAGCCCCUGUUAUUGAGACAGCUGGUGUCAAUGUUCUUCCCAGGAGCUGAUAAAAGCAGGAGCGAGGAAGGGGGAGGCUCUUUACGUUCAAAAAAAAAGUUGCACUGAUUUAUUUCUCGCUUCUUUCCAUCUUCUGUUUCUGGUCUGGAGAUCAGUUUAUCUUAAAAGACUGGCUAAACUUCAUUGCUGCCAUUCUUCAUUCCUCGAUGGCCAAUCUCAGAUAGGAAGCCAGGUGGGAGGUGGUUUUGCUUCCUUCCAGUUUCCUCCAACCUGUCUCCAGUGAGGAUCUGCUCAGGGCUUGCUGUCCUCUGUCUGCUCUUUGCUGCACCUCCCUUUGGAUGGCUGCAAGGCUGGAAUUGUAAGUCCUAGUAAAUACCAGCUUCUGAAGCAGGCAGAAGUUGACCCAGCACCUCUGCUCUCGCAGCUCUGCAUUGCCUUUUUCUUCCUGCUUUAUAGCCAGGAUGCACAAGGCCCAGCCUCUUGCCCCUGGUUUGCCCUCUGUGCUGUCCUGGAGUGGCACGGCUGCAUUCUGCACCUCUCUGCCCUGGGUGCACCUGGAAGGAGACCCUCCCACCAAGCAGAUGUUACUGUCUGCCAAACACUGCUGCCUAAACUCAUUUUUAGAUCACUCGGGUUUAUACUGGAACAUUCCUUCUUCUCACAGCUACAAGAUGAGAGAAAAAAAAAUCAGCCUUGGACCUCCUCUCAUUGCCUUAUUUUUGAAUGUUAGCUUUGCAGGCUCUUGCUUAAGCUGCCCAUUUGGGUAAGAAAUUUAUGAAAACGGUGCCAAAGAGGGCUCAUCUGAUCCCUAGCUGGUUGCCAGAAUGAUUUGGCCUGAAAUUUAUCAUUUCUACAUCGUUUGAAGAGCCAGACCAUGAACUUGCAAAAGAGAACUGUGGCACAUCUCAGCAACAGCAGGGCUCCGAGUUCCAAGAGAGCAGAUCACAGCUGCUGGCACGGAAAAUUGUUCUGAACUUUUCAGCCAUCCAUUUCGUUCACAUUGGCACUUUAUCCAUUUAUUUACAAAGCCUGUUCCACAUAAUUUAUUUGUGAGCUCUUCUAGUCAAUGGAUGUGUAACCCGGCAUGUUGAAGAGGCACAACUUAGAAAUUUGCAAAUAAGGCAUAUUGCUGAGGCUGGGAGUUCCUGACUGCAGUCAUUGAGCUUCUCCUUCCAGACAGUGUUGUUUUUUCUCCAUAUUUUACCAUGAAUGGAGAUUUCCCAAUCGAUCUGAUGGCAUCCCAGUCUCACGCUCUGCAAGAAGUCUGAAGAAAGGCAAUGCUGUGAAAGGAAGUUCUCUCCCUUCAGAGUGAAGAUAGACAGAUGACUUUCCUCCUCAGCUACAAAGUCUUUACAUUUGAAGAUGCUGGUAGCCAAGCACAAAGCUUGCUGGUUAUGCCUCUGUAGGCACUGUACCUCCUAUAUGAUGUCCUUCACAUUCCUUUCAGGUCUUCCUGCUGCCACACGACACUUAAGCAAAGAACACUUUGGGAAUGGAUGAGUUCCUGAAUGCAUCACAGAUGUCUGAGGGACUGCAUCCUGCAGCUCCACGGGGCCUGGGAUCGCUUCUGGGCUCUGGGCACAGCAGUGCAUUCAGUUCGUGCUCCUGUGGCAGUGCUGCUCUGUAUCAGCUCAGUUUGUAAAAGUGCUGAAGUGCCAGGUUCUCUAGGAGGAAACUGGUACUGUUUCCAUCGUGUUCAUCUCAUUCAGUGAUGGGUGUGCUGAGGCUGGGCCUUUCCAUUUGUCUUUGUGCAAUCUAUUGCUACAUGCAAUAGAAACUUUGUCACUCAGGAAGCUGCAGUUGAGCGGAGUCAGCCAUCCAUUCCUGCCUCCCCCAUGACAGCCUGCUGUGUUUCUUGCAGAGGAAGACUGAGAAGUUAGAAGCCAUGCUGCAUCUUCAUCUCAUUAUAACAUGCCUACAGGUUUCGCACUGUUUCUAGUUUUCAUCUUUCAGGAGGAGAUUUACGGAUUCUGCACAAACUCCUGGCCAAAUUCUGACACUGCUCCAGUGGCUCUACAAAAAUUCCUACCCAUCGGGCACCUUCCCAGCUUUGGCCUUGCCAGUGCUGUUUUCAGCCUUUCACUUCCAUAGAGCAGAAAAUUGGAUGAAAACUGAGACAAGAUCACAGAUAAAAAAUAGAGACCUGUAGCAUGGCUGGAUGGCAAGAACAUGUGUGUGGGUAUGCACGUGGUUUUGUGCAUUGCAGAGGACACUGAAGGAGAGUAGCAGCAUUGCAUGGACACAUCAGAGAUUUUUGCCUGGAGUCUCAUGUGUGGAUUAAGGACAGAAUGAAUACACUGCACUCUUAUGCAGUGAAUAUGAUCUUUUGCAAACCUAUGGACUUUGGCAGGAAUUCCUCCUGAGCAGUGAUUGCAGAAUCCAGCCCCACUUGGAUCUGUGGUUAACCUGACCCACCACUGCUGUUGUGUGAGUGGUGGUGGUGUUGUCAUAGAGAAUCAUACGUGCAGAUCAGUAGCUCCUGGAGGAUGUAUCAAGAUAUGUAAUCAAUAACUUGUGUCUGCAGUACAUUUUGGGUCUUUGUGUCUUUAGCUCUUCAGAUGCUGAUAAUGCAUGCAUGUGUGAGGCAGAUUAUAGGAAAGGAAAAGCCCUGGGCAGCCCUCUGACCAUUCAGUAUUUGGGGAUGAAGGGUAUGGCAGCAGAACACACCUAACAGCUACUGGUGGGAAGGAGAACCACCCAUGUUGGGAAGCUGACCCACAGCACCUGGAUCUAAGAGCAGGCUGUCCCCAGUAAGCCUGAAAGCAAAACAGUGCUCCCAGCAUGGGAAUGAUAUAUUGCAUCCAAUAGAGGAUUUUAAAGCAUGGAUCGUUAAUUCAAGGACGUAGGGACAGAAGGGAAAAUGAUGCAGUAGUGCUGGAGAGCAGCAGAGAUUUCUUCUCAGGACUUGCACAGAGAUGUGAUUAUAGGCUGAAGUGAUGCUGGAGGUCUUCUCAGAGUCAUAACAGACUUUAUGAUAGGGGCGAAUCCUAUGCUGAGAGCCAAAAACUGAGCAAAGCUCAAUACAAAUACAGCAUCCUGAGCCUUCAGCUGCCCCACUGACACUCAGUGAGUGGAGAAGAUCCACACAAAAAACCAACUGAGGGGAAGGAAGAAGAAAGCAAUGCCAUUUUGCAGCUCGAGCUCUCUGUUCUAUGUACUGCAGAGUGCUCACUCCCCGUUUCCAUGCCCCCCUGUCCUCUCACUGCAGGAUGUGGAUCAUUGCUCUCUGUGUCACCGCACAGCCGUGGCUCGCAGCCCUUCAAGGGAUGGAGCAUUCUGGCUCCCAUCCAGAUCUCUGUGCCUUCCAGCACUGCACAGCCGGGGCUCACAGUGGGACUGUGCCUUCAUGGGGCCCUGCAUAGGACAGAUCUCUCCAUGCUAACAUUGACAUAACCUUUGGGGCUGGUUUUAUUUUGUUUUCAUUUAAAUUGGUUUUUUGUUUGUUUGUUUGUUUGUUGUCUUCUUAGCCAUUUAAGUCUAUGCACUGUUCAGAGUAGAAUGAAAUUCUCAUCUUUGGGAAGAGGUUUUUUCUUUUCUUUCUUUCUUUCUUUUCUUUUCU